AUGUCACAAGAACCGGAAGCUAAACGGACGAAACUUCUCAACGAUACAGAUCUGCCAUCCUGCGAACUACCGAAGGAUGAUCUCACGGAGAUUCGAUCGAUUGUGGGUGACGAGUUUACUACACCAACUCCACUGGUUCAGGUGUACACUGCGCGUGUGAUAGACAAUCGACAGCUUUCCCAAUUGGUACCGGCUUUGUCACGUAUUCUGCCCAUGGCAAACCUUCAACACCUCAAGCGAGUGAAUCGUGAUGGAACGAUAAUCCUUGCGCCGGUCGAUCAGCUGAAUGAGAUCAUCCAGCAGCAGAAGCCAGCAGAAGAGAAGACUAAUCAACAGGAGAAGAAUGAAGAGUCCCCGAUAGAGGAUCGACUUGUGAGGGUCUUACGGUCGGGAGGCCUUCAACCAGCACUCGUCGAUGUACUCUGCGGGAAGUUGAAGGUUAUUUUGGUGCCCGCGGCUCAACCGCUGCUUCGUUGGCAGUACGAAAAAGCGAAUCAACUCUGGCCAUGCAAGUUCCAUCCGAAUCGAUACAACGAAGCGCUGUACGGGAACACAAUGUUCGAGCCAGCUGAAGUGGAAAACCACUGUCGGAUGAUGGCACUGUGUGUGCAGCUCGCGAGGAGCGUCGAUAACGAACCAUUCGGUAUAUGCGUGAAUCCUCGGCUAGAAGGACGUGUUGUUGCUGUUGCAUCGGGCCGGAGUGAUCAACACCCGGUCUGGCACUGUCCGAUGGUGUUGAUUGAUAUGGUCGCAGUGUCGCAAAAUGGCGGCAUAUGGCACCGGAAAACCAAUCAUGACAGCGACGACAUUCAUUCGGAAAGGAUUAACCUGCGGGAGGACGGUUUCCAAUACGGUGGAAUUGAAGCGCGAUUCGAGCAGUUUAUUCGCGAGCGGUAUAAUGGUACGGUUCACCUUGGUGCGGAACCGCCCCGAACCGGAACAAGCAUCAGCACCAGCACCUUCGUCGGUGGAUGUGAUGGCGUGGGAGAUCUACCGGACAGGAAGGCGACGGUACAGGAGGACAAUCUGGCCAAAUACGGACCGUAUCUGUGCACCGGGUACGAUGUGUAUUUGACACACGAACCGUGCGUUAUGUGCGCGAUGGCCCUGGUGCACAGCCGUGUAAGGCGCGUGUUCUUUCACAAACGGACUGCAAGGGGUGCAUUGGUGACGCUGGUGAAGCUGCACACCGUGAGGGACUUGAACCACCACUACGAGGUGUUCCAAAUUACUUAA